AAGUAAAAUGCAGACAGAAAAAAGAGAGAAUGGGAGCUCGCAAACUCUCCUUUUCUCUCUUUGUUAUCAUUAAAUCAAGAUACCCAAUACUCUAUUGCUAGACUGAUACGUUAGCAAUAGUUGCAUGCAGUCAAAAUGGAAAAGCAUGCUGAAGUAUUUCUGUCUAUGAUGGACGCUCUCAGUUUUGACGUUACGUUGUAAUUAUCAAGGCUUAAUUCCGCUAUUAGAAAAUGGUGUUCUCUGUGUAAUUACUUGCGUUCCUCCUAUCAACAUGUGGAGUUUUGCAUCCAACUGCAUUGCUGGAACUGUUGGACUGAGAAAUGAUUCACUAAAGCAAACUCAUGCUGCAUCAGAAUGUUCAGAUGAUGAAGGUUCUUCUGUAGUUAGCAGGGAUGAAGGUUUAGAGUGCCCAAUAUGCUGUGAAUCCUUCAACAUCAUAGAAAAUGUGCCCUAUGUUUUGUGGUGUGGUCAUACCCUUUGUAAAAACUGCAUUCUAGGACUUCAAUGGGCUGUUGUGAAAUUUCCAACUCUACCAGUUCAACUUCCGCUUUUUAUCUCCUGCCCAUGGUGCAAUCUCUUGUCUUUUCGUCUGGUUUAUAGGGGAAAUCUCAAGUUCCCUCGUAAGAAUUAUUUUCUACUUUGGAUGGUUGAGAGCAUGAAUGGUGAUAGACUGAAGUCUCAUUCUGCUUUCUGUGAAGAUCGUCAGCCAGACUGGCCAUCAAACAACAAUUUAGCCUUAGGAAACCAAGUGACUCGGAGUAACCUUCAAAGGGGACAACAUCCUCAUCAUUCCGAGUCAUCAGUAGCAAGCCACAAUGAUACUCAUCUUGCCAAUUACUUCAAUGCGGAUAGAAUACAGUCUUUCCUUCGGAAAUCUCUGGUGUUUUUUAUACAUUUGACAGCCAAGUUCCCUCUGGUCAUCAUAUUUCUCUUAAUAAUCUUGUAUGCAAUACCUGCCAGUGCAGCCAUUUUGGCCCUGUACGUUCUUAUUAGUGUUCUGUUUGCUCUCCCUUCAUUUCUCAUUUUGUACUUCGCAUAUCCUAGUCUAGACUGGCUUGUGAAAGAGAUCAUCACUUGAGAUGAUAUCAGUUUCGUGGUCAGCAAUCAUUGUGAAUGUAAGUUUGCACCUAUAGCAUGAUGCAUCUUUGCCGCCAUUAAAUCUCCAACUCGACGACUUUACAGUGUCAAAGUUAUGGGAGUUCUGCUUCAAAGCUUCUCAACCUUUUCUUCCGUGAUAGGUUUCUCCUAGUCAGAAACAUUUUGGCUUGUGUUUAAUGUAGCAAAGAAGCAUGAUUGUAUUGAUUCUUAUUUCUGGGAUUUGCUCAUCUGACGGCAACCAAAGUUCCCAGAUUCAGUGCGAGUGCUCUUUGUAUAACAGAGCUCUUGGUUAGUAUACAAUUGAAAUAGUUAUGUAAAGUCUUUGAGAAUGCUUAAGCACGCAUGUACUUGUCCUUAGACUGUUAAGGCUGUUGUUAUUAGAUCUAUUUUAUAGAUAUGUGAUUUUUCUGCUUAUGCUUGUUCUUCUCCUUUCUGGUUUGGAUGAAAGCAAUCGACUAUGGAUCAACAUGUCAUGAUUAAAUCUUUGAACUUCAUAUGUAUGGCUUUAAUAUUUGGGCAUCGCAUUCUUGCAAAGCUUGUCAGUUUGAGUG